AUACAUGUGUUGUUAAGUAAACUUACAAUAGUGUUUCCUUAUGCUUUUCAAAUCCUUCUUGGUGUUUUCUAUCGCUCUUCUCUAUUCCCUCUCCCAGAUAAAGUCCCCACCCCGUUUUCCCCUCUUCUCACUUUACAGAGCCCGUGUUCUGCUCAACCCUCUUCACAAUCCUCCCCAGCGAGGACCCUUUCUUCUCUCCAGGUUUCUGCAGUGAUUCCAGGUUACACACAUCUAAAGACUCAGAGCUAGAUCCACAAAUAAGAGAAAAUGUGGCGUUUGUCUUCUUGGAUCUGGGUUACCUCAGUUAGUAGAAAAGGCCCUAGUUCCAUCUGGGACAGUUCAAAAUUUCCUUCACAGCUGAGUAGUAUUCCAGCGUGCACGCACCCCAGGCUCGCCAGCAUUCAUUGUCUUGGUCUUAGCCAUUCUUACUGGGGUGAUGUGAAAUCUCAAAGUAUUUUUUCACAUCUUAUUUAUUUAUCUGUUUGUGCGUGUGUGUGUGCGUGUGUGUGUGUGUGUGCCCAGCAUGCAUGUAUGGAGGUGUGUGUGUGUGUGUGUGUCCAGCAUGCAUGUGUGGAGAUAGAGGACACCUGUGUGAAUUAGUGUUCCCUUGUUACCAUGUGGUUCUCAGCAACUGAACUCAGGCUGUAGGGCUUGGCAGCAAGUGCCUCUAUCUGCUAAGCUAUCUCAUCAGACUCUCAAAGAGUUUUAAUUUGCAUUUCCCUAAUUGUUAAGCACUUUGAGAUUUUUUUAAACCUUUUUAAACUUUUCUUUUUUUCUUAUUUUUUAUUACUUUAUAAACCAAUCAAAAUUCCCACUUCCUUCCCUCCUCCCACUUGCCUCCUGCUCCCCCACAUACCCUCCCCGUCAUCCCCCUUCAGUCCUAAGAGAGGGCAAGGUACCCUGUCCUGUGGGAAGCCCAAGGCCUUUCCGCUCCAUCCAGGCUUAGGAAGGUAUGCAUCCAAGGAGAAUAGGAUCCCACAAAGCCAGUACAUGCAGUAGAGACAAAUCCCAGUGCCCUUAUCACUGGCCCCUCAGUCUGCCCCAACUGUCAACCACACUCAGAGGGUCCAGUUUGAGUGAGCUCCCAUUAGCUCAGGCACACUGUCUCGGUGGGUGAACCAACCCCUCAUUGUCCUGACUUCCUUGCUCAUAUUCUCCCUUCUUCCGCUCUUCAACUGGACCUUGGGAGCUCAGUCCAGUGCUCCCAUGUGGGUCUCUGUCCCUUUAAUCUUUUCUUUUAAGAACUCUCUGUUCAGAACCAUAGCCCAUUUUUAAAAAAUGGGGGUCAUUUGUUUUCACAGCUUUGUAUUUGUGUUCUUUAUCUUUUAUAGUCUGGGUAUCAACCCUCUAUUUGACACACGGCUGACAAAGAUGGCUUCACUCUGUGAACGUCCUCUUAGUUGAUUCUUUCCUUUGCUGUACAGAAACUUUUCAGUUUUAUGAGCUCAUAUUUGCCAGUUGUUAAUUCCUGAACGGAUGGCGCCUUAUUUAGGAACUCCUUUUCUAUACCUACGCCUUGUGGGGUGUGGCUUAUGUUCUCUCCCAGCCGCCGAGCAGUUCAGGUUAAAACACCGAGGUCUUUGGUCUACUUGGAGUUGACGUUUAAGGAGGUUGAUAGAUACGGGUCUUAUUUUACGCUUCUACAUGUGGGCGAAACUUCCUUUCACAGUGUCUCUGACAGUGGUGAGCAGAUUUUGGAGCUGAGUUCUCAGUGGGAGCUGAGUAGAUUCCAGCUCUUUCUGACUCCAGGCAGCUUGGUGUGUGCUCCCUUCCCAUGGUACAAGCGGCUUUCUCUGGAGUCUUUUCUUUCCUCUUCUCUGGCUUCCCUGGCUCCUCACACCUUGGAUUUCUUUAUUACUCUUGCCUCCUCAAAGGCUUCUUCAUGUCCCUUGAGGUGCUGCCAAUGGUCCAGAGAAGGAGGAAGGGGCUUGUCCCCCUCCUGGAGGGAGUGGGAGCUUGGCCGGGUGGAGUCCCUGCGGGGCUGUGCGAACUGUCAAGGAUGGUUUCCUCAUAGCACCUCUCAAGCGUUUGGUAUGUUGUGUUUCUGUUCAUUCUUGUUUGGAGCUGCAUCCUCAAAGACCCCAAAUAUCCCACUCUCAGAAUUCACCAAGUGCUGGGAGAGGAAGAAGAACAAGGCCAUUGUUGUUCCACCAAAGAAAGACCUAGGAAUCAGAAUGAGAGAAUCGGCAGUCCCCAGGCAGCAGCUGGAUCAUCUACAGGAUUCUUUCCUCCUGGGGACCUCACACUGGAGGUUGGACCAUAAUAUUAGGCAGAGAUUAGGUGUUCCUCCACCUGCUAGAGCAGGGACAGAAUCCACCCUGGGAGAAUCCCAGGCCCCUGUUUCUGCUCCCAGCCUCUCAGUCACAGCUUCAAGAUGGUCACUUUAUUUGUAGUGGGCUGCCUCUCAUUUAGCUACUGGAAGGGUCUGGGGUAGCGUGCUGGGAGAGGUAGGAUCACAGGAUUGAUGGCUGUUCUAAAGAUCCUGGCUAAAGAUACCUGCUUGGUGUGGAGCAGGUUCUGUCUCACAUCUCCUGGAUGAUUGCUGGGUUGGGUCAAAGGAGGGACUGGGUGCCCUGCUUUCCGGUGCCAUUUCUACAUUGUGGCGUGUCUUUGCUGCACCACCUCUGCCAGCCUCCUGGCUGCUCAGGAACUGUGCUGUGUCUGUGAGGUUGGAGCUCCCUUUGGGAGCUGCAUUCUCCCUUGUUCUGCACCUGCACGGUGUGUGGGUACCUCCGCUGCUUCCUAUGCCUCCCUCUCCUCUGAAUACGUGCUCUCUUCUCUCUCCUUCUCCAGGAAGCCUUCCUUGAAUACCCCCAGUGAUGUCAACCGUUACUUAGAGCCAUGGCUCAUGUCUCUAGAUGCUUCCUUGUCUUUGGCUUCUAGGGCAGGGUCUGACCUCCUACCUCAGGCACGCACGUGCCAUGCGCUUAUUUCCCAGGUGUGUCAGAGCAGAUCAGCGCAGUAAGUGGCGGAACAGUCAGACUGAGAGCAUCUUGCUCUCCGAGGCCCAGCCCAGGGACGGGAGGGGAUAAAAGUCUCGUGCCAGGGCCCCAGGGCAGAAGCACACACACUGUGACCAUCUCCAGUCUGUCUGAAGCUGCGGGCCUACCUGUCUCUGCCAUGUCUCUCUCCCCGUGCCGAGCCCAGAGGGGCUUCAGUGCUCGCUCAGCGUGUUCUACUUUUUCAGGGGCUCGAGGCAGGGCUGGCUUCAGCAGCAGGAGCCUUAGCUCCUCUAGGAGAUGCAGAGGAAGCUCUGGUGGGAGGGCCUGGGGGGCAGAGGCCAGGCAAGGGGUACGGUUUGUCCAGAGGAGUGGAGGGUCUGGUCUUUCCCAGUGCCCUCCAGGGGGCAUCCAAGCGGUGACCGUCAACCAGAGUCUGCUGACCCCACUGAAGAUUCAGGUUGACCCCCAGUUCCAGGUGGUGAAGACGCAGGAGACUCAAGAGAUCAGAACCCUCAACAACCAGUUUGCUUCCUUCAUUGACAAGGUGCGCUUCCUGGAGCAGCAGAACAAGGUCUUGGAGACCAAAUGGGAGCUGCUGCAGCAGCUGCAGGGGAGCCACAGCCCUCAGGGCCUGGAGCACAUCUUUGAAGCCUGCCUGGCCCGGCUCAGGCAGCAGCUGGAGGAGCUGCAGAGAGAGCGAGGGGCUCUAGAUUCUGAACUGAAGACCUACCAGGAUCAGGAGGAAGAGUUCAAGUCCAAGUAUGACCAGGAAGCUCACAAGCACGCCUCAGUGCAGAAUGACUUUGUGGUCCUUAAGAAGGAUGUGGAUGAGGUUUUCCAGAGCAAGAUGGAUUUGGAAGGCAAGCUGGAGUCUCUGAGAGAAUACAUCUGCUUCUUGACACGUCUGUAUGAAGAAGAACUGAGACAGCUGCAGACUCAGGCAGAUGACAUGUCUGUGGUGCUGUCCAUGGAUAACAACCGUUGCUUUGACUUCAGUGACAUCAUUGCCGAGGUCCGUGCCCAGUAUGAGGAGAUCACGCGGACGAGCAAGGCUGAGGCAGAGGCUGUGUUCCAGACCAAGUACCAGGAACUUCAGGCAUCAGCCCAGCUUCAAGGGGACAACAUAAAGGAAGCCCGGAUGCAGAUUUCCCAGCUUCGGCAGGCAGUGCAGAGGCUGCAGAGUCAGAUUGCGAGCCUCAAGAAGCAGAAUGACAGUCUGCAGUCGGCCUUUGCUGAUGCUGAGCAGCAGGGGGAGAUGACUCUGAGGGAUGCCAAGGCCAAGCUGGAUGAACUGGAGGAUGCUCUAAGAAUGGCCAAGCAGGACAUGGCCCAAAUGCUGCGCGAAUACCAGGAACUGAUGGGCACAAAGUUGUCCUUGGAUGUGGAGAUUGCCACGUAUCGAAGGCUGCUGGAGAGUGAGGAAUGCAGGAUGUCAAAGGAGUACAUCAGCCAGGUCACUGUCUCCACGGCAGAAGGCAGUGUUGUCCCUGGAGGAGUUGGUGGAGGCCAAGUGGUCAUACCUGGAAGAACUGGAGGAGGCCAAAUGAUUGUGCCUGGAAGAACUGGAGGAGGCCAAGUUGUAAUACCUGGGGGAGAUCGUAGAGGCCAAAUGGUUGUGCCUGGAAGAGUUGAUGGAGGCCAAAUGGUUGUGCCUGGAAGAGUUGAUGGAGGCCAAAUGGUUGUGCCUGGAGGAGAUCAUAGAGGCCAAAUGGUUGUGCCUGGAGGAGAUCAUAGAGGCCAAAUGGUUGUGCCUGGAGGAGAUUGUAGAGACCAGAUGGUCAUGCCUGGAGGAGAUUGUAGAGACCAGAUGGUCAUGCCUGGGGGAGAUCGUAGAGACCAGAUGGUCAUGCCUGGGGGAGAUCGUAGAGACCAGAUGGUCAUGCCUGGGGGAGAUCGUAGAGACCAGAUGGUCGUGCCUGGGGGAGAUUGUAGAGGCCAGAUGGUCAUGCCUGGGGGAGAUCGUAGAGGCCAAAUGGUUGUGCCUGGGGGAGUUGGUGAUGAUCAAGUGGGCACUUGUGACCUCAGAGGCUGGAAAGGCAGCUUUGGGUCUGGAGGCUGCUCUAGUAUCGUAACUGGGGGCUUUGCUAUUCCCCAUGGAUCUGGGCGCAGUCCCAGUGUGGGUUCCUGCUCUGUGUCAGGCUCUGGUUUCAGUUCUGGCUCUGGCUCCUGCUGCCGCACCAUCCUGAAGAAGACAGUGGAGUCAAGCCGGAAGACAUCUGUCAUUUACUGAAAGACCAGGCAGUCACAUCCCUUCUGAGCCUAGCAGCCCUGUUUCCAUUCUGCCCCCAUGUCCAGCGUCCACAGCCCAAGGCAGCCCACUGGUUACUGGAGAAAGUCAAUAAAGUCUGCCUGCCUGCUGGUCCAGUGCUCAGCAGGCAGGCA